AUGCGUCUUUCCGCAUGUCUGUGCAUUGUACUUAUUAGCUUUUCGGAGGGAGUGAGCUGUUCAUGUCCUUCACAGUGCACCUGCGAUUAUCAAGGCAGAAAUGAUGGCACGGGAUCAAGGUCGGUUCUAUGUAAUGACAUGGAUAUGAACGAGGUCCCUAUGAACUUCCCCGUGGACACUGUGAAGCUGCGGAUAGAGAAGACUGUGGUCCGCAGGAUCCCCGCAGAGGCCUUCUACUACCUGGUGGAGCUCCAGUACCUUUGGGUGACUUACAAUUCCGUGGCCAGCCUUGAGGCCAGCAGCUUUUACAACCUCAAGCAGCUACAUGAGUUGCGCUUGGAUGGAAAUUCUCUGGCUGCUUUUCCUUGGGCAUCUCUGCUGGACAUGCCCCAUCUGAGGACCCUGGACUUGCACAACAACAGAAUAACCAGUGUGCCAAACGAGGUGGUCAGGUACCUGAAGAACCUUGCCUACUUGGAUUUAUCGAGCAAUAGGCUGACCACACUACCACCAGAUUUCCUGGAGAGCUGGUCCCACUCACUUACAUCAUCACGGAGCCUGGAACUUACACCACGAAGAAUUGUUCUUGGUCUGCAGGACAACCCUUGGUUCUGUGACUGCCACAUUUCCAAAAUGAUCGAGCUGUCAAAAGUUGCUGACCCUGCUGUAGUGCUGCUUGAUCCUCUAAUGAUUUGUAGCGAGCCUGAGCGCCUGACAGGGAUUUUGUUUCAGCGGGCUGAGCUGGAGCAGUGUCUGAAGCCGUCUGUUAUGACCUCGGCCACCCAGAUCACAUCUGCUCUGGGCAGUAAUGUUCUGCUGCGGUGUGAUGCUACUGGCUACCCUACCCCACAGCUCACAUGGACCAGGUCUGACAGCUCACCAGUUAAUCACACAGUAAUUCAGGAAUCUCCAGGGGAAGGAGUCAGAUGGUCCAUAAUAAGCUUGACAGGCAUUUCUUAUAAGGAUGCUGGGGAUUACAAAUGUAAGGCCAAAAAUCUGGCUGGAAUGUCAGAAGCUGUGGUUACUGUGACAGUGGUUGGUGUUAUCACGACUACUCUAUCAUCAGAUAUCUCUGAAAGAACUAGAGAUCACCCUGAGGAAGAAGUCCAGCCAGGAUCUAGAGCUACAUCCCUACCUGGUUCACGGUCAUCUGCCUGGCCUUCUUCCUUCCCUGCUUCUUCCAUUUUUCUUUCUACUUCUACUUCAUCUCCUCCCUCCGCUGCUUUCUUCUCCUCAUCUACUUUACCCUCCUCCAUCAUGUCUUCAGCCACAACUCCAAGCAACAGAAUUUCAACAAGCCCCACCAUUGCCAGCCAGCAGUCACUCCAGCUCCGCCCAGAUGGGAAAAGAAAUUUAAAGGUGGAAGUAGGUAGAAGUAAGCUUCCCUCAGCUAGUGCAAGUAAAAAAGAAGAGUUGGCAUCAGUGAAUCAAAUGACACCAAUGGAAAAGAAUGCCACAGUAGAAAAUCUCAGGAUAGUCCGUGAGACUGAAGAGAGUGUGACUUUGAUGUGGAACACCGUCAAUACCACACACCAGUCUGAGAUGACCGUAUUGUACUCCAAGUACGGUGAGAAAGAUCUGCUGCUGCUGAAUGCAGACUCCAGCAAGAAUCAAGUAACCAUAGAUGGCUUGGAGCCUGGUAGGGAAUACACAGCAUGUGUCUGUCCAAAAGGAGCACCUCCCCAGAAAGACCAAUGUAUUACGUUUUCUACUGACAGAGUGAAAGAAGAAGGUGAUUCUCAAGUGUCUUUCCUUGUCGUGGUGAGCAGUAUUGCCUGUGUUGUUGUUUUGCCAUUGAUUUUUUUCCUGUUGUACAAAGUCUGUAAACUGCAAUGUGGGUCAGAAUCUUUCUGGGAAGAUGAUCUGGCAAAAGAAACUUAUAUCCAAUUUGAGACCCUGUUCCCCAGAUCUCAAAGUGUAGGGGAACUUUGGACUCGGAGGCACAGAGAUGAUUCAGAAAAAUUGCUGCUUUGUUCUAGGUCAAGUGUGGAAUCUCAGGUGACUUUUAAAAGUGAAGGUUCAAGGCCAGAGUAUUAUUGCUAA